AUGGCUCCUCUUCUCGCACUGCCACCAUUUUUUCACGUUCCAACAGGCACAGUCUCGGGCCCGACGUCGAUAACCCGCCGCGACAGCGGCAAUGGCAACCAGCGGCCGACAGAAGCGUCUAACGACAAUAGCAACAAUGGCAUGGUUCCUGAAAGCGAUUCGGCAAUGACCCGGACACUGGUCAUCUUUAUUGCUGUGGCGACGCUAUUGUUCGGUGUGAUAUGGCUGGCUUUCAUCCUGGAGUCGAAGAAACGUCGCGCGUAUCGCAGACGAAUGCGAGCUCAGAUCGACCGUUCCGCUGGGUUGGCGGACGCCGGAAGCAUGUCAAAGUACGACAUCAGCGUGUCUGAUGUUCUUCAAUGCCUGCCGCCCACCGUGGUGUACAGUAAUUGCAACGUCGUGUCCGAAAAGUCCGAAGUUGUUGAGGUAACUGAAGAGGAGGAAGGUCCGUCCUGGUAA